AUGAAAGAGACAGAGCGGAUGGAAAAAGACAAGACAGCGACCGUCUUCACUAGCUCGCGAAGCUCUCAUUAUAUGAACCGCCAACCGCUCGUCACGUUGCUCCCCGCGCUGACCUGCCAUCUCCACCUGGGGUCGGUCGUGGGGACGGUUCUGGCGGGGAUUCCCUUGGUCCAAUCGUCCGGCUGCUCGUGUGCUCAUGUGCUCGGCAGGAAUCGCUGCUGCUGCACCGCCAACAGCCUCGGUUACGCCCCCGAGCGACUUACUCGGGUCUCCCUGCCGCUUCUGGAGGUCAUCUGCCCGUCUGAUUUCGUCGGCGCCUCGCUCUUUCGCCACCGAACAUGCAGCAUAGACAGGGGACCCUUCGCCGCCAGGAGCUUCAGCCGGCGCUGCGGACUGCUACUCCGUACGCCGUAA